AUGUUGCGGUACGGCACUGAAUCUCCGCCCUUGUACACAUUGGACCGGAUUACCAUACCUGUGGGCAUAUAUCAUGGCGGCCGUGACCUAAUGGCAACUUACAAAGACGUCACUCGAUUAAUGUCUGAUCUGGGACCUGUUCCAGUCAAAGAUGUCGUUUAUUUGCCUUAUUAUAACCACCUUGACUUCGUAUGGGGCCUAAAUGUGGCUAGCGAAGUCUAUGCCAAAGUGCUGCGCUUUUUCGAAACUGUCAUCUCAUAG